AUGGAGCGCGUCAUGGCAAAGGUUCUCUUUCUCUUCUUCACACUGUGCGCUCUGGUUUCCUUUUUAAGCGCUACACCGCCGCGAUGGCCAGGGAGGUCUCAAUACCAACAUUCCUCAGACAGGAUCGUCUCCUCAGUCGGCCAGGGCUCUGCUACACGACAGCCAGGCGCUCUCCGUGUAAUGUUUGUGGGUGACUCAAUGACACAGGGCAAACAGGGUGACUGGACAUGGCGCUAUCGAAUGUGGCAGUGGUUUCAAGCCGAGGGUAUAGCUGUCACUUUUGUAGGGCCGUAUACAGGCACCGUUGAGCCAGAUGCACCAGCACCUCCAAUGAACAAAUUAGAGGAGGCUCCCAAAGCAAGCAGCAUCAAAACCAGUGGCGGGUAUGCUCCUGGAGUCUCUCCAGACUUUGACCGACAUCACUUUGCUGUCUGGGGUCGAUCAGCAGCGUUCGAUAAAGACCUUAUUUAUGACGUGGUAUCCGCCCAUCCAGCAGACAUGAUGUUGCUGAUGCUCGGCUUUAAUGACCUGGGAUGGCUUUUCAGCAAGCCAAUGGAUGCCGUGGCCUCUCUUUACGGCCUGAUAAACAACGCCCGUAAAGCGAACCCGAACCUUAAGUUUGCUGUUGCGAACAUCCCACAGCGCAGCUUCAUCGGCAGAGGUGACCUACCAGUUUCCACGGACGAGUAUAAUUCCAUUCUGCGGCUUGCACUGCCGCAAUGGAGUACUGAGCAAUCACCCAUACAUCUGGUUGAGCUGCAGGAGCACUAUAGCUGUGGCACGAGUAAUUGCGAAGCCGGAUACGAUGGACUCCAUCCAAAUGCCCAAGGCGAGUUCCAGAUCGCUCACGCCUUUACGCUCACUUUGAUCAACGAUUUCAAGAUUGGAUCUUCGCCACUGGUAAUACCGUCGAACCUUUGA